CAAGCUUCACACCUUCCACACACUGACUAUCAAUGUUGUCUAAUAAGUUGUCACUGUGUGUGUGACAUUCAACAUGAUGCCAGCUCAUCCUGCUGUUUCUCUUUAGUCUUGAAUGGGUUGUAACAUUUAAAUAUUUUCAUUUUGUGUUAUCCACCAUACGAAAGAAAAAGAGACGUCAUUUCAUUUCCAAACUUGAAUCAACUGGUGAAGUCAAAAGGUCGCCGGCUGAGGCAACCAGGGCUACCCAGUGGAUGCUGAAGCGCCGCAUCAGGGAGUGUGUCUGGUGGCGUGGACCGAUCGAUAUUUCAAAAACAAAGGAAAAAAACAAAAGAAUACUAUCCUGUGAAUUUCCCAAAAGCUUCCAGAGCCUUUUCAGUAUCCACCCACCGCCAGCUAUAAGUUAUCAACUAAAGCGAACGGAUGUAAAAGCCUCGACAUGUCAAUGUUAAACAGUGACGAGCCUCCUCCCCCGCCGUACAGUUUCGUCGGGUCAUCACAACUCUCUCCUGCACCAUCUGUUCCUCACGCGCCUCCACCAUAUCAUCAUCUUCUGUCGUCAGGCCAGGGGGGGUUGUCGCAAGCUCAACAACCGCAAUCGUUCUCGAACAGCACCCAGUUGGGAACUGUUGAUAAUCGCAGACCUUCCAGGCGGCCGGAGCGGAUACCAUCUCACAGUCAGAAUGCAGGGCAAAAUGAAAAUGCAUACUGGGCGCCGCGCCAAAGGCAGGAGGAAGUCAGACUCCGACAGGGCGACCUUGUGAUUCUUAUGAUGGGACACACAGGGUCGUUGAAGAGCAGUUUUAUCUCUCUGUUCGCCGACGGGCAGAGUGCUCCUAUCGGUCACAGCCUCACAGGAUGCACAGACAACAUCGAAAUCUACCCCUAUCAAAUUGACCAGAAAACACGAGUGAUCCUCGUAGACACCCCAGGCUUCAACAAAGCAAACAGAAGCGAUACCACCACUCUCAGCUCCAUCGCCAACUUCCUGUGUCUCCUCUAUAGCAACAACAUCAAGCUAGCCGGCAUCAUAUACCUACAUGACAUAACAAGCAGGCGCAUGGACGGCCCCGCCCUGCGCAACCUACGUAUGAUGAAAAAACUCUGUGGCGCUGGCAAUUUAUCCCACGCAAUCAUGACAACGAAUAUGUGGGGGAAACUACACACGUUCGAUGAGGGUGUAGCUCUCGAGAAGCAACUACGCGACCGCUACUGGAGCAGUAUACUCAGCCACGGCGGCAUGAUGAUGCGUCAUGACGGCAGCAAGCGAUCGGCGCAGGAGAUUAUCAAAGCCUGCCUCCUGCGCAGCCAAAAGCCAAUCCAGCCCCUGGACAUCCAGCGGGAAAUGGUGAUACAGGGCCAGCGGCUGGGCGACACGAUGGUGGGUCGAGAACUGUAUGCGGAAAUCAGAGAGGAGAGGCAACGGUACGCCGGUGAACUUGCUGCGCUGUGCGAGGAACUAGAUGAGGCACUCCGAAGGAAGGAUUUCGAUCACGGCCGCGUGCUCGGGGAGACGAUGGAGCAGCUACACAGGAAGUUGAGACUUGUAGAGAAGAGUGGGAAAAUGUUGAGGAGGAAUUUCCAGCGGUUGGCGGAUGAAGUGCGUGCGCGGGAGGAUGGUCAGAAAAGGGGGCAGAAGAAAUCUUUCGGACGGACGGCACUGGGGAUUGGAGUGGGGACAAUUGUGGGCUUGACGACGGGGUUUUUUAUUUGCUGAAUUCCUGAAUUCCCCCAUUUUCAUGCUUUUUUGCUUUCUCCUCCUAGGUCAGAUUGGCUCUUGGACUCACUGUUUUCUUUUUUUCUUUUUUUCUUGUUUGCCUUCUGGCUCUUCGCCCCCUCCGUUGAUCGGACCGGCUCAGCAGCUCGCGCCUGAUCUGCAAAACCACAGGAUUUGUGAUUCCCCUUUUGUUGUUUGUAGUUUAUACACAUGAUGGCAUAAUUAGCUACAAGUUCAGAUGAUAAUAAUGAUCUGUUUACUAUACUAUGAAAAGAGUAACUAUAGAUUGAAACAAGAAUGAUAGGAAAUUCAGAAAUUCAAAUUUGAUAAUACACCCUCUUGUUUUUCAGAGCGGCUAUUUAAUAGAAUUCUCA